AUGGGAGUCGCAAUUUUGCUAAUUAUUGGUACAAUAACCUUGAUUUUCAUCCGAAUUUCAUACGUUUUUUACCGUACCGGUAAACCCAGGCCCGGAAAAUCGCCACCGCCUCUGAGUACUCUGAUCGUGCUGGGAUCAGGCGGCCACACGGCGGAGAUGCUAAAUCUGCUGAACGCUAUGCAGAUGGAGAGGUUUAAGCCGAGAUAUUACGUAGCUGCUGCAACUGAUAAUAUGAGUCUUGAAAAGGCUCGUGUGCUAGAGGAUUCUUUGAUGGACAAGACGGAGGAGUCUCACUUCAUGCAAAUUUACCGGAGUCGUGAAGUAGGCCAAUCGUACGUGACCUCAGUUGGCACCACGUUAAUUGCUUUGACACACGCACUGUGGCUAAUGAUCAAGAUCAGACCUCAAGUGAUUUUGUGCAAUGGCCCCGGGACUUGUAUACCACUAUGCGUGAUCGCAUACAUUUUUAAGGUUCUUGGGGUCAGAUGGUCUUCCAUAUUCUAUGUCGAGAGCAUAGCCAGAGUUAGGAGGCUAUCAUUGAGCGGUUUGCUUCUCUACAAACUGCAUAUGGCUGAUCAGUUAUUUGUGCAAUGGCCACAGCUGAAGAGCAAAUAUCCUCGGGCUAACUAUCUCGGCCAUCUUAUGUAA